AGAAGACCAGAAAAAUGGCGGAAAAAUGGGGAUGUGGGGAAGCAGUAAAGAAGGGAGAGUGAAAGCCGUGCUGCCAUUUUUAAGACCGCUUCCGCACGUGCACCUUCUCCUUUCCUCCCGUGUGCAGAGUCAGAGAUAAGAGCAGAGAACUACUGUGGGUCUAGAUUGUCCACCACCCAACUGUUCCAAAGAAGAGAGAGAGAGAGAGAGAGAGAGUUUGAUUCUGUAAAUAUGUUUCUGCUGGAGACGUCCUUUCUCUGAUUUCAGAUAUAUCAUCAGAGGGGGAGAGAGAGAGUGAGGAAUCCAGGCAUAGGGAGACGAAAAGGAAGGAAGGAGAGGAAUAAAAAGACAAGAGGCAAGAAAAUUGAGAGGGAAAAAGUGAGAGCAGGGCAGAGGCAGCAGCGGUAGCGGCAACUUGAGAAGACAGAAAGAGAAAGGAGGGGCUGCUGCGACAGAAACUGAAUCGUGGUGGUGGUGGUGGUGGAGGGGAGGAUAAAGAGAGGGGAGGCAACAGAAUUCUGGCCCCGGCCAGAAGGACAGAGGAGGGGAAGGCGCACGCUUAGACUGAGAGAGAAGGCCUUCUCAAUUCAAAUUAGCAAAAGUUGCCGCCGUUAAGAGGGAAGGAGAGAGGGAGGUUUGCCAGCGAAGGAUCACGUAAAACAAGGAAUUGAGUCAAGAGAAGGAUAAAGGGAGACUUCGAGUUCACACAGAGAGGGAAUACAGGGAGAAGGAAAGAGUUGGUAGGGAGAAAAGGAGAGAGAAGAUCGAGCUAGGCAGGAGCCUCCGCCUAGAUAGAGAAAGUGGGCGUCGAAAGCAAAUUCCACCCCUUCUGGAGAAGGAAACAGCGGGAAUUCCGCGUGAAAGAGAGCCAAAAGUUCCCGUUACUAGAAAGAGAAAGGAGCUGAGAAGAGAGAAAGGGAGAGAGAGCGCGACAUCGAGAUGCCGGGGUCGGUGGCGCCGCUGGAGACGGUGGUGGUGCCGGUGCACUUCCGAUGUCCAAUCUCUCUGGAGCUGAUGCGGGACCCGGUGACCGUCUGCAGUGGACAGACCUACGACCGAACGAGCAUCGAACCGUGGCUUGCCUCCGCCGAUAACCCCACCUGCCCGGUCACCCGCCUCCCGCUGGCGGACACCACUCUCAUCCCCAACCACACCCUUCGCCGCCUCAUUCAGGAAUGGUGCGUUGCCCACCGAUCCGACGGCGUCGACCGCAUUCCCACCCCCAAGCAGCCCGCCGAUCCCUCCCUCGUCUCCUCCCUCGUCCAAUCCCUCCAACCACCCUCCUCCGACGCCGUCGUUUCAUCCUCCCUCCGGCGCCUCAAGACCCUUGCCCUUGAUUCCGACAAGAACCGAGCCCUCAUCUCUCAAAACCCCAACCUCCGGUCUUCCCUGGUCUCCCUUCUUUUCACCUCCUCCUCCGAUCCUUCCGCCGAUGCCAUCUCCGACACGCUCGCCCUGAUCUCGUUCUUUCCACUUUCCGUCGCCGACUCGGAAGCCAUCUCCGCUCGCCCGGAUCGACUCACCGCAGUCUCCGCCCUCCUCCGCCACUCCUCCCCCGACGUCCGCGUCGGCGCCGCUUCCCUCGUCGAGAACCUCGCCGUCUCGCCAGAAUCCCGGUCAGCUCUCGGCGACACCCCAGGAAUCAUCGCCGGCGUCGUCGCCGUCCUCCGCCCGCCGACGUCAUCCCACCCGCGCGCCGCUCGGGCCGGCGCCAAGGCCCUUCUGGCGCUCUGCCUCGCCCGGCCGAAUCGCGACGCCGCCGCCGCUGAGGGCGCUGCCGGCGCGCUCGUGGACCUCCUCGCCAGCGCGGGCGCCGACCGACGCGACGCCGAGAGAGCGCUCGCGACUCUCGAGCUCCUCUGCCGGACGCGGGGCGGCUGCGAGGCGCUGCUAGGCCACGCCCUCGCGGUGCCGCUGCUCGUCAAAGCCGUGCUCCGGGUGUCGGAGCGCGCCACCGAGUCGGCCGCGGGGGCGCUGCUGGCUCUCUGCCGGGCCUCGGAGGCGCGGCAGAGGGACGCGGUCGGCGCGGGGGCCGUGACCCAGCUGCUCCUCCUGGUCCAGAGCGACUGCACCGAGCGAGCCAAGCGCAAGGCCCAGCUCCUGCUCAAGCUCCUCCUCUCGGCCUGGCCGGACCAUCCCGCCCCAAAUUCAGACCUCGGCUUCUCGGAUCUGCUCGCCAUUUAGUUCGGGACCCGGAUCACGGACAUCCCCAUUGUUCCCCGGAUCUACAAUCGCCAUUCUUUCCAAGUCGCCCGCCAGAUCUUCAUCCAAGGACACAACAACGCGGCAGCUCUUCCUUCGGAUCCAUCAUGGCUUCGGAUCCAUUUUGACACACACUGUAUCCGUGAUGUUUUGAUUCUCUCGCAUUUCUUGAUGCCGCCCCUUUCUUUUCCUUCAUUGAGGCUAAAUGAACAUUCUAUCUAUCAAUUACAAGAACAUAGAAAAACUGAUUUCCCGUACAAA